AUGGCUAGGGUGAAGGAGCAAGGUAUGCUUGCUAAGGAUAUUGAUCUGCUCUACGGCGGAGGCGGCACUAGAAGUGCUAGCCCUCGCAAGCGCAGCCGUACAUCAUCUGAGCAGGGCCGGGAUGAGGUUGAAUGGGGCAGCGCGUACGAUUGGAACGGGCGCGGGUGGCGCGACACGACUGUCUCUCGGGAUGAGGAGAGGUGUCGCAAGAGGACACGCGACGAGGAUGUGCGGCAUGGAAAACGGCGGCGUGUCUAUGCCAGUGAUAUCUCUGCUGUGCCGUCGUUGGCAGAAAUUGGCUCUUCUGCUUCUGUCUCAAGUGUAAGCCCAAGACUAGGUCCAAGCCUGCCAGUUGAGCAUGCAAGAUCGAAGGAGGACCACGACCAGGACUAUGAUCUGGAACAGGACCCAGAGUUGCAGCUUGGUCAAGCUUCCAGCACACCAUGCCCAUAG